CAUGAAAAUACCGUCAAAGAAACCUCACUUUUUCAAACCAAUUCUUCCAGGCUUCAAAAAUGGAAUUAAAAUUCCUAUAGGUUUUUUGAAGUAUCUGAAGGGAUACGAGCAUAUUAAACGUGCUGUACUGAAAAGAGGUGGUAAGAAAUGGCGGAUUAAGCUGAAUGAACAUCGAUUUGAAGAGGGUAAUUGGGGAAAAUUUGUGGAGGAGAAUGAUUUGCAAUUGGGAGAUUUAUUGGUGUUUAGACAUGAAGGAAAUAUGGAAUUUGAGGUUUCUGUAUUUGAUUCAAGUCAUUGUGAUAGAGAAUAUGCAGAGUAUCUGCAGGAAGAAGGAGGAGGAAGAGCCCGGACUGUUGAGGAAAUUUCGAAGAAAUUUGAGUUUAAAGGUAAGAUUUUUUAG